AUGGCUAAACAAACUCAACACGGCAGAUAUCCAGUUAAAGGAAAGGAAGUUGCUCAUGAUAAAUUUUCCUCGAUGGCUUGCAAUUUAGUUUCAGGUUUUGUCCCACUUGCUUCCAUGGCUCUAAUGAAUUAUGCAGGUGUUGGCAUAAUGACCCAAAUGGUUACCUUAUCGCCUGUUUAUUUAUUCUUAGGAGGAAGAUGGACUCUUGGUUACUUGACUCGUGCUGAUAUUGCCUAUAGAAAGAAACAAAUUAUGAAGAUUGAUCCAGACUAUUGGUUUAAAUCCUCCCCAAAUCGUUGGAUAUUAUUCAAGAGAAGUUCAAUUGGUAUUGUUGCUUCUUCCAUUCUUGUUGAUGAAUCCAUUGGCUUAUAUGUGUCACUUGAUAAUGAGUAG